AAUAUACACGCGCUGGUUGCAGUAGGAUCAAACGCCAACCGAAGAACUGUGAAGGUUUGGUGCCGGUCGGUGAAAAAAAUCGAAGGCCGCCGUACGAGUGGGAUUCAACUUUGCUGGAAGAGGUUUGUCGACGGACAUAUUUUUUUUCAGCCCCGCGCAGAGUAAAAUAGCCACCAUGGAGAACACUGUGCUGAGCCUCCAGAGUUUAUAUGAGAAGAUGCGCUCGCAAGUUGAACUUCUCAAUGAGGGUGUGGAAUGCAGCUUCAUUCUCAUGGCUCAGAACUUUGAAGACUGCCGACGCAAGUGGCUGAUGGCAGAGGAGAAUCUGGACUCCUGCAAAGAGAUUCUCACCAAAACCGAGACUGAGAGGGGGUCCUUGGAGGUGAAAUUGAAGCAUGCCCGAAAUCAAGUGGACGUAGAGAUUCGGCGCAGGCAGAAGGCUGAGGCUGAUUGCGAUAAGCUGGACCGUCAGAUUCAGUUAAUCAGGGAUCUUCUAACAAGCGAGGGUUCUUCUAACAGCAUCCAGCUGAGUGCAGAACAAAGGUCUGCUCUGGCCUUCCUCAACACAAACAGCCAGGGACCAGCUGCUCUGAAUACCAGCCGAAGACUGACCACCAUAGAUGAGUCUGGCUCCAUCUUAUCAGAUAUCAGCUUCGACAAAACUGACGACUCUCUUGAUUGGGACACGGCCGGUGUGAAGCCAGUGCGACUCAGGAAGCGACAAAAGAGGCGAUCAUCUCGACAUCAUGUGGACGGCCCUUCAGGAGUUUCGAAAAGAACUCGGUCAGCAGUUGUGACGAAGGAGAGGCCCAAUGAGAGCCUGGUGACCACCACCACCGUGACUGUCCCGGCAGAUGGCGGGCCUGUUGAGGCGGUUUCUACCAUUGAGACGAUUCCUUACUGGACUCGUAGCAAGAGAAAGACUGCUACCAUGGAGUCAGACUCUGAAUCAGUCACAUCUGCGGAUGUUUUCAAGCAGCCCAUCAACCAAGGAGUUGCCAAAGAAAAUGAACCCGCCACUCCACAGAAAAACAAAGGUGUCCGUCAGCACGAGUUUGUUUCCAAAACGGUCAUCAAGCCCGAGUCCUGCGUGCCUUGCGGGAAGAGGAUCAAGUUUGGCAAGAUUGCCUUAAGAUGCUGUGACUGCCGGGUGGUUUCGCACCCAGAGUGUCGGGACCGAUGCCCGCUUCCAUGCAUCCCUAACCUAGGAAGUACACCUGUAAAAAUUGGGGAGGGUGUUCUUGCAGACUACGUCCCAAACGUUUCGCCAAAGAUUCCCCCUCUUGUGGUCCACUGCGUCGGUGAGAUUGAGCAACGUGGGUUGCAUGAGGCUGGACUGUACAGACUCUCUGGUGCUGAUCGCACAGUGAAGGAGCUGAAGGAGAAGUUUCUGCGCAGUAAAACUGUUCCUGUGCUCAGCAAAGUGGACGACAUUCACGCGAUCACUGGCCUCCUCAAGGACUUCCUGCGCAACCUGAAGGACCCUCUCCUCACCUUCCACCUGAACCGUCAAUUCAUGGAAGCAGUCGAGGCUCCCGAUGAUGACAACAGCAUAGCCCUGAUAUACCAAUGCGUCGGUCUCCUGCCUCAUGCCAAUCGAGACACUCUGGCCUUCUUGAUCCUCCACCUUCAGAGAGUGGCUGAGAGUUUUGACACAAAGAUGGACAUCAGUAAUCUGGCCCGGGUUUUUGGUCCCACAAUCGUGGGUCAUGCUGUUCCCAACCCGGACCCCAUGACCAUUUUACACGACACCAAACGGCAGCCAAAGGUCGUGGAACAUUUGCUGAACCUGCCUGCGAGUUACUGGGCUCAGUAUGUGAAAUCAGAAAAUGAGCAGCCACACUUGGAUCACCUGAUUUUCCAGAACUCCAACUGCUACACCCCCGAGAGAGUGACCUUGCUCGGCCCCCUGACUCCGGAGCAGCAGAUGACCAAAACGCCGUCUUCCAGCUCGCUGUCACAGCGCUUUAAAUCCUCACUGACACCCAGAUUUAGGAGCACGAACAAGUCAGCAGCGGCACUUCCUCAAGGAAGAUUCUUUCAAUCUCCACUCCUCAAAUAAUUGUUUUUCCCCUCUGCUAUACUUGUUUUUGUCUCACAUCACAGAGAGGUGUAGUUUUGUUGUUUUACCUUUCAAAACGACUUUUUACUUUUCAAAUCAGAUUGAAUGGCAAUGUUCUUGAACGUUUGAUAAAUGUGCACAUUAGAUGUAAAGAAAGCAACCCCGCCGCUAUAUUUAAUGACCUCUUGCACCAAAUGAUAUCCAAUCCAAGAGCUGUAUCACACAUUUGGACUCUACGAAAAAAAAAUGUUCCGGUUUGAUUGAACCUCUCAGAGCGCGAGAGUCAUUUAACAAUGUUUAUUGUGAUUGUAGUUUAGAAUUGCAUAUCAUACUGAGAACAGUUUUUAAUAUCUUUGUCUCCCAUGACCAAAGUAACCAAAAUACAGUAGAAUCCGUUCUGUUCGUUUUUGACCAAGUCAAUGAAAAUGGAACAUGAUUACAUUAAGAAAGGCACUAUCUUUGUUACAGGUUUUGAUAGCGUUACAAUGUGCACACGGUCAAAAUGUCAUGGCUGGUUUGUGACUUUCUCCAUUUAAUCAUUUCCUUUGACCGCUUUUCAACUCAUGUGUCACUCAGAGGUUGAAGAGUACUUUGCGGCAUUUCAUUGUUGAAGGUACACGCUGAUGUUUCAUGCCUUUUUAGAGAAUUGUUCUGUAGAUGUUUGUUGUGUACUCUCUCACUUUAAUAGUUAAAAUACAGUAUACAAUUUCCAACA